GCCGUAAAUUAAACCGCCGCCGCCGAAGAAGAAGACGAAGACUAGGAAGGAACCGGCUAGUUGGCAUGGAGAAGGAAGAAGAGGACGCGCCGGUAAAAACACGGGACAUGACAUACGUCACACAGUGAAGCCGGUUAUGUCGCGUGUGUCACUGGAACGUUGACAUAAUCCGGUCUGAGUCUCGUGUUGUCCCUCUCUUGUCAUGGCGGACUGUGGCGGAAACUGUGACCGUAAAGACGAACACGACGGGACAAACGGCACAAAUGUCCCCGCGGUGUCUCCGGUCCCUCGGGGUUUCUUGUCCCCACAGCAGGACCCGAGGAAUAAGAAGAAACUGGUCCUGCAUGUGGACCUGAACAGCACCGUGCUGGUGUCGGACGCUGUCACGGGUCAGGGAACUGUCGCGACUCUGGACAAUUUCCUGACAACCGUCACCUGGGGAAAGAUGAACAAACACGGAAAGUGGGAGUGGCUCAGCGACUCGCCCUCGCUGCUGCCGCCGUGCAAAGACGCCGUCAGUUACUACAAUCAGUUCGGACACACUCCUGGUUUCGCCUCCGCUCCGGGGAAACGUUUCCAUGGCGUCCUGAAGGAACAUCUGGAUCUACUGCGCUGGCCUGAAGGCACUAAGGAAGACGGUGAGCUGUGCACGAAAGGAGAGGACGGACGACUGUACCACUGGAUCGUCCCCUCCUUCUUCCAGCUGCUCAAAGACCUGGCGCAGGAGGGACGGGACUUUGCCGUCCUGUUCCGGACGUUCGGAACCGACCUACCUCGCGUGCUGAGAGCUGUGAACAGAGCGCUGAAUGAAGGAGCUCACCCGCUGUUCCCUGAUCUGCCUGAUCUGAAGUUAAGUGUGAACAAGACUCCAGGAAAAAUCCGCUGCAGCAGGAAGGGAAUCGUGCUGAGUCAAGGUCAGAACCGUGUGUCCACGACGCGAGACGGAGACCGAGGCCUGUAUCAGUACCUCAGCGCGGUCCAGGGCCUGGGAGGCUUUCAGGACCACUUUGACUGGUGGAUGAGUCAUGGCCACUCCACCCGUGGAGGGAAGCCUCUGUGGGUGGACCCGUUUGACCAGGACGUCCAGCACAUCUUCAUAGACGACAACCUACGGCAGGACGACGAGGACACCAUCGUUCAGCCCAAGGUUUUCACGGAGCCGUGUGGUGACCACACUCGUCCGGGCUGCAUGUCUGAGCUGCACGACCUCACUCUGGUCCAGAAUGACCUCCUCCGGGCCAUUUCUGACCCCAACUACUUCACCGAGCGCAUCCACACCUGCCUGGAGAACUACGAGAGGAACCUCCAGCAGGGGGCAGGCUAGGACAGGACAGGACUUUGUCCCUUUGAGAAACCACCACAUCAUUUUCUUUAAAAUGGAAUCAUCCCAGGUGGACUGCAGACGUUUGAAGACUUGAUGAAGGAUUAAAGGUCAUUUAAACUGAAUGAAAGCAGAUUAUAUCUGUGAGAAGGUUACAUGAAUGUGUGUGUUCACAUGAAAUGCACUGAGAUUUAGAAGCUGUGGCAGCUGUGUUUUAAGAAGAAGAAGAAGAAGAAGGAGAAGGAGAAGAAAUGGUCGAAACAGAUGAGCAGUGGUUGUAUGAAGUAGUGACACAGAUGUCAGACACUGAAAUCUGUGUUAUUUUGCUCACAUCUGCACCAAACCCCAUAGAGAAAAUCAGCGAUUUUACAUCACAGCACGCGGGAGUUGUCGAGCCACUGCUGCCUCCAUAGGUGUGUACCAAAGUGUUAUUUUGUGACUUUGGUGUUUGAAUCACUUAGUUUUGAUUUUCCUAAAUGACAAACUGAGCAAACAAAGCAGCAGCAGACCAGCAGCCCCGUGUCCCUGUGAGCUGAAAACACUGACUUUCACAAACUUCUGAUUCCAAUUGCAAAAGUCUGACUAUUGUAACAUCCCUGUUGCUAAAUAAUGGGAUUAAUAGGAACUAAAAUAAUAUGAAGUGGUUUUAAUCUGUAAACUGAGAAUAUUCUAUGGGGAUUUACUCUCUGUACUGAAGGUCUGAAAACAUCAAAACUUGAAAUAUUGAAUUUAUUUCUGUCAUCGUUGAAUAAAAUGGUCUCAGUUGUUGUCUUAAACCAUUUUGAGUCAUCUACAUGUUAGUACUUUUAACUUUAAAUGGUGAGACGUGACAUGAUGUGUCGCAGAUCUUUCCGUUUUCUGAAGUUUGUAAACCAGUCGUUCUCCUGCACCAAACUCCAUCGGGAAAAGCAACAUGUUUAGCUCAUGGACACAGAAGUGCGACAUCCUACCACUGCAUCUUUUGGUAAAUCUAAAUGAAGGAUUUUAAAACACCAAAGUCUCAGAAGAGCACAUGUUGACCUGUGUGCCCUGAUGUAAUAUGGCUGAUUUUCUCCAUGGACUUUGGUGUGGGGAGUGCGCAGUUUACAAAUGGUAGAGGCUGUCAAUAAAGACCUGGAAUAUUGUAGAUUUACGUGUGGACCGAGCACAGCUUUCCCUUCAGUGAUAGUACCUGGUGUUUUUUUUGUACCUGCUCUGUCGACUGUCGGCCACUGAUUGGUCGGAGAGUGUCGUCACUGGAAGAAUCAUGAGCGCGACAUCUGACACAAGAAUCAACGCCAACAAUGCUGAAUUGUAAGAUCAGUUAAGAAGACCUCGAAAAUUGUAAAAUUCAUUUAUAGUUCCAAAAUCUACUCCAAAAUGUACUUAUAGUUCUAAAAUCUAAAACUUGUAGUUCCAAAAUUCAUUUAUAGUUCCAAAAUCUACUCCAACAUGUACUUAUAGUUCUAAAAUCUUAAAACUUAUAGUUCCAAAAUUCAUUUAUAGUUCCAAAAUCUACUCCAACAUGAACUUAUAGUUCUAAAAUCUUAAAACUUAUAGUUCCAAAAUUCAUUUAUAGUUCCAAAAUCUACUCCAACAUGUACUUAUAGUUCUGAAAUCUACUUAAAGUUCCACUUAUAGUUCAGAAUUCCACUGAUUGGUCGGAGAGUGUCAUCACUAAAGAGUCAUGAGUGCGACGUCUGACACAAGAACUGUAGAUCAGUUCAAAAAACGUUAAUGUCUAACAUUUAGCAAAGAAAAUGUCUGAAAUUUAAGGAGAUUUUCAGAAUUAUAAGUAGAAUUUUACUGUCACUUAUGGAAAAGCAAACAAAACAAAACGAGUUGAGUCAUGCUAGAACUGUUUCAGGGAGAAGCUUCUUUACCUCCGUCAACCACACUCUGCCUGAGGACAAGUGUC